UCAGUGACGUGCAGGGCAUGAACUCUGUGUGUCUGUCUGUGUGUGCGUGUGUGCGUGUGUGUGUGUGUGUGAGAGAGACCUGUGAGAAAAUAAAGGGGCAUGUAAAAACCUUGUUGAGCAGACACUGCAGGUUGAUCCGACCUCGGCGGACAGACUGACAGAACCCCACAGUGUGAAAGAAAAGGAAACACCAAGAUGUGUUGCUCUGGCUUUCUCAAAAUUAUGAUGUUUGUCUUCAAUGGCGGCAUCUUUUUGGCAGGUGCAGUCAUCCUGGGUGUGGGAGUGUGGGUGAAGGUGGAUAGUGGUUCUCUGCUGGGUAUACUAGAUUCCUUGGAGGACGCUCCGUCUGGGUUAUCCCAGCUGGUCAACGUCAGCUACCUGCUCAUGGCAGUGGGGGGCGUUCUGCUGGUCAUUGGCUUCCUGGGCUGCUGCGGAGCUGUAAAGGAGAGCCGGUGUAUGCUGCUGACGUUCUUUAGCAUUGUGCUGAUUAUCUUCCUAAUCGAGGUUGCAGGUGCUGUGGUGCUGCUGGUCUUCCAAGAUUUGGCUGAUCAGCUUUUUCAGAGUCUGGAGAAAGAAGUCAAAACAAGCAUUGGAAAAGAGUAUGGACGCAGUGACAGCUUCACCUCCCUUUGGAAUGCCACCAUGGAGGAGUUUAAGUGCUGCGGAUUCAAAAACUACACAGAUUUUGAUGGCUCUCCUUUUUACAAUGACCACGGAAGAGAUGUUUAUCCACACACAUGUUGCAAUACAACCAUCACUGUGGGCGCAUGCAAUACAAACGAAGCAAGUCAUUCGAUGAUUGAUGGCUGCUUUGACAAGCUGCUGCAGCUGUUAGAGGACAACGCUCUCAUCAUUGCGGUUGUGGUUCUAGCAAUAGCUGCUUUUGAGAUUGCUGCCAUGGUGGUUUCAAUGGUUCUCUACAAGCAGAUUGGCAACAAGGCAUGAUGUUUCCUGUUUGGAAUGUGAUGACAACAUUGUAAUUGAUGGAAACAGCUUUACUUGUCAGCAGUUUUUUAAUGUGUAUAACGUUUUUUUAUUUUUAUUUGAUUUAAAACUGACAGAUUAUUAGACAACAGACUUUAGUGCUCUACAUGUAGACCAUCAUGCAGACCAUUAAAAUCAAAGACUAAGAGGUAGUUGAUACGUUUUUAGUUUUAGAACUAUUUCUGUACGCAUUUAUACUGUGAUUUAUUUAUGUUUUAGGAAGGGUUGGAGUCAGCGGACAUUGUAUGUGCUGAUACAUAUACUGUAGCUAGUUGUAUGUGAUGAUGCAUAGGGGAAAAAAGGAUCUGCAUAAGUUGUGUCAAUUGUGGAUGUCCCUCACAUUCAUUGCAAGCUGCAAUAUAUUGAAUUUAUUUUUGUAUGUUUGAUCAAAUUGAAAUAAUAAACGUAACUCCUUUUACUAACA